GAAAGUGAAAGCAUAAACAAAUGCCAUUUUCACUCGGUUUAAUGAAGCAGCGGAUUAGUGACUAACAAAAGCCGGUUAAUUUUUCCCGUUCCACACGCAAUACGACAUCAUUCUUUGUUUUAUAACACUCACAAUCUACCGAGUGCGAUAGUGAUCAAUAAUUUGAACAUUAGUGAAAUCGAAGAAAAAAUUUCCUUCAAGUUGGAACGAUACGGCAGCAAAAUUAAUUACUCAAAGUUCCAUAAUGCGAUGUCGCUUUCCGCGAUGUCGAAGCCGAUACUGUACUCGUAUUGGCGUAGUUCCUGCUCGUGGCCAGUACGGAUAGCGCUAAACUUGAAGGAAAUUCCGUACGAUAUAAAACCGAUCAGUUUGAUUAAAUCCGGCGGAGAGCAGCACUGCAACGAGUACCGUGAGGUUAAUCCGAUGGAACAAGUUCCGGCGCUGCAAAUCGACGGUCACACACUAGUGGAAUCGAUAGCCAUUCUGCACUAUCUGGAGGAGACUCGCCCUCAGCGCCCCCUGCUGCCACAGGACGUUCUGAAGCGUGCGAAGGUUCGCGAAAUCUGUGAGGUGAUCGCAUCGGGCGUUCAGCCGCUGCAAAAUCUGAUCGUUCUGAUUCACGUGGGUGAGGAGAAAAAGAAAGAAUGGGCCCAGCACUGGAUCACCCGAGGGUUCCGAGCUAUCGAGAAGCUGCUGUCCACGUCGGCCGGUAAGUUCUGCGUGGGAGACGAGAUCACGCUAGCCGAUUGCUGCCUGGUGCCGCAAGUGUUCAACGCACGUCGUUUCCACGUAGACUUGCGUCCCUAUCCGAUCAUUCUUCGCAUCGACCGCGAGCUGGAAGGGCAUCCUGCCUUCCGGGCUGCGCAUCCUUCUAACCAGCCUGACUGUCCGCCCGAGGCGGCCAAGUAAACACGAACGUGAUUUCUCACGCUAAAUUCCCCCGAAACAGGCCGCUACGUUACAACAGAAAACUGGCCCCAGAACUUUUGUAACAAGUAACGCAGUCUGCAUCGUCGCUCUCUCACAAAAAUGCAGAUGAGUACAAAUCAUCUAUAAAGAAAAACUAACGAUAUUAUUGCUUUUAUUAUAAUUCAUCACUGAUGAAUGAAACAUUCUAUGUCUACUAUAUGCUUAAAGUAUUCUAAAAAAUAAGUUUCACUAGGUUCUGUGGUUUCGCUAAAGAAUAGUUGCGGUGGCGAGUGAUUUCUCUUGAGUAAAUUUAGAUUUUGGGACACAAUCAAAUUUUUUAAACACGAAUGUACCACAAUUCUGUCUGAAUAUUAGGGAUACAACUUUUUAUUAGAUUCCUGCUUUUUUAAUUCUCAUAAAAACAACUGCAAAAUGACAAAUCAUACAAAACCAAAAUUAUUUGUCGGAUUUUAAUACAAAAAUAUUUGAAAAGAUUGAAUCCAGACGCCUAAUGCAAAAUAGAAGCGGUCCAUAGGUCAGGGCAUCAAUCUUUGGUUGAGUUGGUAGAUCAAUAUGUGAUGAAAAUAUUACCUUAGGAGGCAAAGUGCAAAGUGGAAAAUCUAGACCCGAAUUUCAAUGCUUCUAAUUUUUAUUUAAAACAUUUUUUUUCUUUCCUGAGAAAUGGUGUGGUGCAAAUUAAAAUUUCUCACGCAUUUUCUCAUGUGUUAUUGAUAAUUGUGCCAAAUUUAAAUGGGUUUUCAAUCGAAGUUUUGUUUAUAAUAUUUAUGUCAUGCUAUUAGCCUUGUCUGAUACAGAUGGGAUUUUAAGGAUUGAAUUUCUGCAAUCACGUGCAAGCACGACUUACACAAACGUCAAAAGUGUAUAUCAACCGCCUACUGCGACUCGAACUUUCAAGCUGAUGUUUUGGGGCAAAACUUGUAUGCGAAAACGGUAAGUUUUUGUGAAUUGCGUUGAAUUCAGUUUGCGAAUACAAUGAAUGUUCUAGUUCUUAAAACUUUCUUAAUAAUUUUCAAGUUUUUCGGCGAUGGUUUUUUUUCUUGAACAGAAAGCAAACUGAUUUUUUCCUAAUUCUCGAACACUGCCUCCUUACUAUUUUUUAUUAAAAUAGUAGAUUAUUAUUCAAUGGUGUCGAAUGGGUAAAAUGCGAUUUACUACAAAUGCAGUUGACUGAAUCUAGAUACUAAUAUUUCAUGAUAAAAUUAAAAGAACUACCUCGGAGUACUGACAAAUCAACUAAUUUAAUUUACUCUGUUCAUUUUUCCAAAUCGAACGAGCCAUCUUUUGCAACACCACAUCUAGUGUAACGUUCGUUUUUUUUUCGCAUUGAUUUCUUUUAUUUGCCUCAGUGAAAAUGCGUUGACUUUCACUAUCGAUAACCUUAAUCAUAACUGCAUUUCUUGAAUUGGUGUUGUUUCUUGCCUCGGUAUCAAUGUACUUAUUUUAAUCUAAGAAACCAAAUUACAUAUAUCAUUUGAAAAGAAA